UCCGAUGUCGAUUUGAUCACCACCACCAGACAUCUCAGCAGACAUCUGAGAUAUUCAUCCUUUGUUCUUUCAGGAAACGGGAACAAUCAGGAUGAUUUACAAGGGCAUCACUUUGGUGGUUCUUUUGACGAUCCUACAUAGCGGCAAAUGUGAAGACUACUUGGUGGCUGUAGCAUAUCAGGGUGAAAGGACGUACAUCAGGUACUUAGCAGGAGAAACUGGGGGCCUGGUGGAGAUGCAGUAUCCUCACCUCGCCGACAAAAGAGUUGAUCGAUUGGGUCCCUUCUAUAGUAGAUCCCAACGUGUAAGCGACCAGGUGAAAAUCAUAAGUGAAGUAGGAAAUGCGGCUGUCAUUGUAAGCGGAAGUGACGACGAUAUAAACAUUGUGGUAGAUGCUGACGGUGUAUUCUCUCCACUUCCUAUAUCUGCCCUUGGUACCAAGUACAUUUUACCUUCCAGUCUCGCCUCUAACCGUUAUUACCGAUCCUUGUUACUAAUAGCUACACACAACAUCAGCACUACUGUUGAUAUAUACUUUCGACUGGACAGAGGAAGUGUUUACUUUCUCUACUACGAGUACAGUGACGGCGAUGUAUUAUCCCUUAAACUUAAUCCGUAUCAAACGUUAAAGGUGUCCACUCCAUAUGAUCUAUAUGGAACGAUCAUUGACAGUGAGCACAGCAUAGCCGUCUAUAGUGGUAUGGAAUAUUUCUAUAGAUACACUGUGUAUGACCAACUGCUGCCGGUCAAGCAUUACGGCCAGGAGUACGUUGUUGCUGUAGAUGACACCAAACUGGAGCUGCAGAUCAUCAGUGAACACAGCCACGUGCAGAUCACCUUCAGUUCUGGAGUCACAGUCUCUACUGGCGAGCGUCGUCUCUAUAACCGCUCUCUUGAACGGGGAGAGAGUCUUCACUUCACCGCCACACGCCCGGUACUGGUGACACUCAGUCGAGCAGAUGGUUACAACAGUUCCUUCACAACCGUACCACCUGUACAAUCGUACGUCACACACAAAGGAGUCUGGUUAUAUUAUAACAAUCUUCGUGUAAAACUAAAGAUACUAACUGACAGGAGAGCGACUGUGUUAACUAAAGAAGAACGGCUCAACGAUCUCCUGACGUGGAGGGCUAUAGCGGGCAGCAGAUACAAAGUUGGCACACUGGUACAGUCAAGAUAUACAUCUCCGACAUUCAUAUCCAGUGACCUCCCCUUCACAGUUCUGUCCUUCUAUAACGGAUCAGUCUAUAACUCAGGCUACAAUCUGUCUGUAGAGGCACUAGUACAUUACAAAGGUCAAACUUACUUGAUGCCAUUGGCAGUGUACAAUCGUAACUACCACAAAAUACCCCGGAUACUCGCUACUGCUGGAGAGACGGGAGGCCAGUGGCAAGUACAGGAUCCACACUCUGGGCAAGUCUGGUCUCGACGCUUCAAUCCUUACAACACAGACUAUUAUUACCCCCAACGCCAUAAAGCGUACACUGUAAUUCUGGUACUGGUGCUUGUCAGAGAUGAUGCUAUUCAGAUCAAAGGGGGAAUGAACGAUUACACAUCAUUCUGCCCCCUUCCAGUGUCGGAACUAGGCACGAAGUACAUUGUGACUUCCUGUCUUCCUACUGACAACAUUCACGUGGACACAACGUCGUACAUGUCCGUCUUGGUGAUAGCCACACACAGCAAGAAAGCGGAUAUUGACGUCAUCUUCAGACUGGACGGCAACGUUACCUACGACGGCAGGACGUACAUCGACGGGGACAUUCUCAGUUUCAGAUCAGAUAAUUAUCAGACAUUCUCCUUAAACAGUUCAUCUGAUAUGACCAGAACCAUCGUUAAAGCUACGGACACAAUAGCUGUCUAUAGUGGCACAUAUCAUGUGCGCGAUACGAUCUUCACUACUUUCGAGCAAUUGCUUCCCGUGAAACAUCAUGGACAUGACUAUGUUGUCGCAAUCCAGAACCCGUAUUACUUUGACAUAAUAUACAGGACUGCCCUUCAACACCAACUUCAAGUUGUUACCGACCACAGUGACACGAACAUCAUGUUUAACAACGGUUCUUCCAUAUCAGUGGGUGAAGAUGGAGUGUACCGUAAACCAUGUGGAAAUUCUGAAACGUUCUACUUCAACACCACAAGGCCAGUAAUGGCCACAUUGUGUGUCUUUGGAAGGUAUUACCAUCGUGAUGCGUUAGUUGUAGUGCCCCCAGUAAGCCUAUACUCCAGGUUAACAACAUAUGCCCAGGGUACCGUGCAGAUUAUGACAGAUCAAGAUAACGGUGAUGUGGCCGUUGAACAAAUUCAUGACAGUAUAUCUACAGUUUUAAGCCCUCCAGUCAAAUGGAAGAAUGUGUCAGGUACAAGAUACAAAGUGGGAACAUUAAGAAGUGGGAGAUACAUAACAACCAUCCGUUCUGAUGCUUCCUUUGCUGUCCUUGGAUACUAUGACAAUUUAAUAUACAAGGGAGGAUACAGUUUUAGGAAAAAUCAUGAUACAGAAACCUCUGUACCAGAUGGACUUGGCAACAGGUUAGAUACCAGUGAUCGCUUCAAAGGGACCUCGACAUCAGAUGGAAGCGGAAUCAAGAUAAAUACAGGCGGGUGUUUCCCUCUUUACCGCGAUGCAUUUAUACGACGGACCUCGUCAUAGCCUUACUACCACUGUACUACAGUAUAGUAUCUCCCGAGCAGCGCGACCGCCUCCGUGGUGUAAUGGUUAUACCA